AUGAGCAGUCGUGUGUGCUACCAUAUUAAUGGUCCCUUUUUCAUAAUCAAAUUAAUUGAUCCAAAACAUUUGAACUCUUUAACUUUCGAGGAUUUUGUAUACAUUGCACUAUUACUGCAUAAGGCAAACGAUAUUGAUUCUGUUUUGUUUACUGUUCUACAAAGCUCAGGCAAGUAUUUCUCCUCGGGAGGUAAGUUUUCAGCAGUUAACAAGCUAAACGAUGGAGACGUUACAAGCGAAGUGGAGAAAGUCUCAAAGCUGGUAUCUGCUAUAAGCUCUCCUAACAUAUUUGUGGCGAACGCAUUUGCAAUCCAUAAAAAGGUUCUGGUGUGCUGUUUGAAUGGACCGGCCAUCGGACUUAGCGCAUCGCUAGUUGCUCUUUGUGACAUUGUUUACUCGCAAAACGAUUCAGUAUUUCUUCUUUUUCCCUUCAGCAAUCUCGGUUUUGUCGCAGAAGUGGGAACUUCUGUUACCUUAACUCAAAAACUGGGUAUAAAUUCUGCAAACGAACAUAUGAUUUUCAGCACACCAGUUCUAUUUAAAGAAUUGAUAGGAACUAUUAUUACAAAAAAUUAUCAAUUGACAAAUACUGAAACAUUCAAUGAAAAAGUUCUUCAGGACAUAAAGCAGAAUUUAGAAGGGCUUUAUCCGAAAAGUGUACUAGGUAUGAAAGAAUUGUUACACAGUGAAAUGAAACAGAAGCUUAUCAAAGCACAAGCAAUGGAGACUAACGGAACCUUGCCUUUUUGGGCAAGCGGCGAGCCAUUCAAAAGAUUUAAACAGCUUCAAGAGGGAAACAGGCGCCACAAGUUAUAA